CGGCCAGUAUCGAUCUGAUGAUACUGUAGCAGUCCAUCAAUUCACACAUGUUUCAUGUAGGUACCGAGAAAGAGAGCGGGAACUCGCAUCCAUUUAUUCCUUUCUUACAGCUAGUGACUGAGGAUACGCCGAGUUGUUGAAUGUUUAUUUCGGAACCACAAUGACAAUAGAUGAUACCAUAAACAGAUUUGUUCAAGUUCAAGGACGAACAAUAUCCUUCGGUUUUCUCUGUGUAAGGAUUUAAUUUAAAAAAAAAAAAGCAAGUGUUAUUUAAAAAAAAAAUCUUUCAUUUUCACGAGAUUAAUUCAAAACUGUUUCGAGGUGGACUCUAAUUACAUGUAGAUUAACUGCCAGUAACACAGACAUUGACGUGAGCCUCACACGCUGUCAUGACACUGUCAAGAACUUGCCACCGUUGUGCCCGUCCCCUGAUUGGAUUCCAUUACUCCUGCCUGACACUUAUCCUAGCUGUCACUGUCUGGACAGGCGCUGCAGUCAACUUACAAGAGGCCAACAAAUCUCCUAUUGUGUUCAUUGAUCUAGACGAGGGCGCCUCACAGUUCCGCCCUGGCCUGAACACUCUGAAGAAUGAGGUGAAGAACACCCUGAGCAAAGGCAAAGGUUACAUCAAGGCGUCGCCAGCCGCGGCCCCCAGCAGCACCACCAGCACCACUGCCAAGACCACUGACGUCACCUUCGAUGACGACGACCUCUUCGCCUCGGGCUCCGGCUCCGGCUCUGGUGACGACGGAGGUAAUGCCAGCGAGGCCAACGGCAGAUUGACGCCCACGGAGUCGACUGCUUACUUUCAGGUCAACUCGACCUCCGCGACAACGGAAGCAAGUAUUGACCUGUUCAGUAUAGAAGAAGGUGGCACCGAACAUGCCAUCAACAUCACAGGGGACGAGAAGAAUGUGGUGAUAGACAAACGUGACAACAACAUCAACACCAACAACGUGGUGGUGGACCACACCUUCAUCGACAGCGACAUCAGCGACGACGUGAAUGGCGUGGACGAGGUGGACGAGGAUGCGAUCUACGACCUACCGCCUGCCACACCCGUCACGUCCAACCAAAUCCUUAAUUUUGCUUCCUGGGGCCAGUGGUCCGACUGGUUCAUCAUCGGGGCCACGUCCAAGAUAAGGAUACGCUCCUGCCUGGUGGAUGGUGGCCGUGAGACUAGUGAGGUGGCCUGCGACGGUGUUAGGGUGCAGCUUAAAUCCUGUGAGAGCGGACACGGUGACCGUUGUGGAAAGGUCCAAAACAUCAGCACAAACUCGGACGGAAACUGUGUGCAGACAUCCAGGCCGAAGACAAGGGAAGGCGUCGUUAAACCGCCACCUCCACAGCCUCCCCCAGCGCCCCAGACUCCGCCCACGGAGAAGCCGGAUCCAGGCGUGUGCCACUACUCCCUGUUCGACAACUACCGCCAGAAGUACGUCAUCAGCCGCUGGAACCUGACGGAGCUGAUGAUGAAGAGCAAAGUGAAGAGAUGGUGUGACCGAAAGACUGGACAGUACACGGUCAUGACGUCACCGGAAGACCACUGUAGGCGUUAUUACAAAGAUCUGUGUAAGGUUUCUGACAGAUGUCAUGCCAACAAACCAACUAAAGAGAGAGGAGAUUUCGCUGAAGGGUGUUGGAGAAACAUGGUUUACAGUGAAAUGCUCCCAGUUGGCUUAUCCGGCAAACAAAGCGCUAUUUACCUCAUAUGCCAGAGAUUUGCGGCCCAGAGCAGGAUGGGUAAAUUAUUUGGUUAUAAGGAAACCCAAUUCGGCACACUGUUUGAUACAAACUUGCGAUCGCCGCUUGUUGCCAUAAAUAAAAUCACCAGACUUGGGGACGAAACCUGGCCCAUGACUGACUACUUCAUAGAACAUGGUCUGGUGGAGAACGAGUCGAAUAUGCUGUGGCUCUUUAAGAAGCCAAGGAAGGGCAUGUUGACACUGCUCGACCUUGACCGUUGCCAGGACGACCAGAGUUGUGACGUGGGCUUGAGGCAGACUUUGCCUCAUGAUUACGUAGACCAUGGCGAUACAGGCUACACUCCAACACACUUGAUGUGGCCUGAGCUGAUGCCAAACGAACCAGGUCCUAAGGUAGCCACAUUCACAAUGACCAACAUGGCACCGAUGUUGUCCAAUUUAUUUGAAGAUUGGCAUAAAACGGUGAAGAAAGUUCGUCAGUUUGCCAUAGAGAAGUGUGGCGUACCUGUGGUGGUGGACUAUAGUGUCAGACAUAUGGGAGAGUUCAGCAGUCACAGGGCUAACCAAUCUGCCUUGUACUUAGUCUCAGGGCAAAUGCCAAGCGUGGAUCCAUUAGUGACCACCGGUCGUGGGAUCCCCGUGCCCUUCAUGUUCUGGAUGGCCGGAUGCUGUGUCCAGCAACACUUGACCAUUGAAGCGUCCAUCUCAAGUGUGACGGACUACGAUGCCGACCACAACGUCAGUAGCAGCGACACCCACAUCAACAUCACACACAAAGAGGCGCCGAAGAUUGUCAUUUCGGGUUUCGCUGUGUACAUCCGAAACGCCCCAGAUAAUCACGUGAUACCAGCACCCAUUCUCCAGCUAGAAAUGCUUCUGCAAGACAUGUCGAAAAGCGGCUCCAUCGAGGGUGAGGUGGCGCUCUUCCCGGGAAAUAACGGAGCCUGUGGAGACCUGAGGAAUGACGUUUCCAAAUGGUUCCAAUAAAAACUGUGUCUGGGUUGUGACCAACAAAACAAAAAGAAAUUGUUGAUAUUUUAAAUGUUCAGUUAGUGAUGAAAAUCAUCAUUUAUUUAAAUACAUUUCCGACUUUUUUCCAAUUCUGGCAUCAGUGGAUGUCAUAGAGUCUGAAGUAUUUCAUUGAAACAUUAGAGCACACACUCACUGUUAUUCCACAUUGUCUCUUGACUAUAUUGCCAUAUUUGAUACAAAGUCUUUUCAUAUGAAGUGUAGUGAACUUCUUUUUUAUUGUCUCUAGACUUUCAGACCCGGGGCCCACUUUAGUGCCACACUGCAUCCAUGUAAUACGAAGAUUUGAACUCUGCCUGUAUGUCGCAGCUUUGGCUUGUAUAACUAUUUGACAAUCUCAUUGUGCGGUGUGCGAUGCAUUCAAUUAUUGAUUUGAAAUAUCUCUUCAUCUUGCUACUCUUGAUAUUUACAUUGUGUUCAUAAUUUUAUUUUCAUUGUCAGCUUGGGCCACGCGGGCCUGUUCCGGCCCGCAGUUGUUUCAUCAACACAAUUUGUGAUUCAUUCGUGUACAUAGAACAUUGUGUGUGUGUAUCUUCAAAAGUAUUAUUAAUACUUUCAUAUGUAGCAUUAGAGAGACCCCCAUCCCCCUAGGAUAUGAUGCCCUAGCCCCAUCGUUUUACCCAGCGUUAGUCCGGCCCUGCUUUCUUAACAGGGUAUAAUGUGUUUCAUCAUAGUCUGUGUAUGUUUGCCUUGAUUUUGACACGUAUUAUAAUAAACCACAUAAUACUUUGACCAAUGUUAUGCUUAUGUGGUUUUUUGGGUCAUUGUUUAUUAAUGUGUAUUUUUAAAAGUUCAUUUCAAUAACUAAAUUAAUGAUAUAUACUUUUUUUUAUAGUAUGCUGAAUAAACAUGCUACAAUCGCAAGGCGCUACUUAAAACUGUAAAAGCAACAUAAAUUUAACAUUGCAUAAUUUAAAAGACCAUUCCACCUUUACGAAAGUAGAUGCUUUAUGUAAAAGUGAUUACAUUGUCUUUAAUAACUACUAGAUGCAGAAACUGAAACAUUUUGUACUCCGCUCCGAUUCCCCCCCCCCUCCCAUUUCCAACAAAAAAAUGUCCUUGUUAAGCGCAUGUAUAAAUCUAUUCAGAGCAUAUACAUUUUAGUUUGGUGGUGCAGAUUCAAACAUCGAAAGUCAGUAGCCUAGAGUUUAGUCUAGACUAGAAUACUUAAUAUAGAUCUAUGGUGUGGAAGGUUCUAGUCGGGUGAUAGACCUAUAGAUCAAGACUCAGAAGACGCCGCGCAAAAUGUUCCUGGACGUGUGUGUGUUCAAGAUAGAGAUUGUCUAGACCAACUUUACAUUUAAGAAUAUUAUUUUUUUUCAAAAAAUUCAUGGAUAUACAUAGACUGUUAGAUUUCUGGGCAAAUCGUUAGAACCGUUUUCGACAUCGGUGUCUGGGUUACCCAAAUUUUUGUUUUUUGACCCGCCAUAAUGAAUUAGCCAGCUGAUAAGAGGGAGCGUUAAACCUUAAUUAAAGUUGAAUAUUAUGCAGAUGCAUUGUGUUGAUUAACGAAUCAAACACAAGGUUUGGGAUGUAACUUACUAAUUAUGAUGUCAUCUUAGUUAACAACUCGGAGAAGAUAAGGGACAUGACUCCUUAGGACAAAGAAGCAUAACUCAUAUAAUACAUCUAUCAAUGCGUAGUACAUCUAAGGCUUUAUGCAUAAGAAAAUACGAAAAAUAUAUUUAAAAAAAAAAAGGAAAUCAUGAUCUAAACCUAAGUUUGAAGACUUUUAAACAAGUGAAUUUCGAAGGACCUUUUGAUACAAAGACUUGGAACCAAUAUGAAUGUUUGAAACUUUAGAGAUGUUGUUUCUAAGAUUUAGUUUAGUUAUAGCUAGGAAUAAAACACUGAAACUAUCAGGAUAAUAAAUAUACAGACUCAUAAAAUAAAUACCUAAUAUAUUUUCAUAAUCAAUACUACAUAUUACUGUGCAAGGCUGUAAACUCUAUGACUAUAGGGUAAGCUAUAUUAUAGAAUAGGUAUGACAAAAUUCAUUUUCCUUGCAUAGCCUUUUUAUCAAAUCUUUUUUUGUUCAGAAUUCUCCUUCGCUAGAUAAAAAUAUACUUGUAAGUGCCAUAGGCUGCAAAUCGAAUCUUAUGUUGAUUGGCGUUUCUUGUAAAAAGCAUUUUAAAACAAGUUAACAAAACACAAUAGAGUCAAAAGCUCUAGCUCAAUGAGCCACGAUCACAACAGAAACAUAUAGGCUUCGAUGACGAUAGUAUAUUUAAUAAUUGAUAUAAUAAUAUCUAGCAGCUUGCGUGGGUUAGAACUUCACGUAUAUUCUUUUUAUGCGGACGAUCCUACUUUUUAAAACAGCGCUUGUUAAGUCAAAGCAACGGUCCAGUACAUUGCGUUUCCUUCUAGUUUUAAGAUAAUUUAUAGGUAAAUCUUCAGUUUUAACAGUUUCUUGAUUGUAAAAAUAUUCAGAAACCCUGUUACACAAAAUUCAAAUAAGAAGAAAUGGACGUGAAAUUGUUUGUAUGUGUCUCGUUAAAACUUGAUUAGACGUUGUUUCUACUUGGUGUCAAGGAGUCAAUCAAAAAGACAAUUAUAAAUAAUGAUUCAUUAGUUCCUCCUGAAAAAGGAGAAGAUUUGCUGGAGUAUUAUAAACUAGACGACGUACAAAUAGUCACGUCUAGGAACAAAAGAAUUUAUGUUGAGUUGACAUUAAAUUAUUUGUUCAUUUGUAUGUAUUUACUUUCAUAUGGAAAUAAAACAAACAUCAUUUUCUUUAGCAUAAUUUUUUUUUUAUUUCUAAAAACCCUAGUUCAAAACAAAAGUUUGAUUUUUGAUGUUAUCAAUAAACAUCGUACGUAGACUAAAACAAAUUAAAAUUAGAAAUUUAAAAAAAAAGAACGAAACCAAUUAGUUUUUACAGUUUUUAAUUAGAAAUGAUUCAAAGUAGAAUAAAAUUAACUUCUAGAAUUUCACUAUCAUGUAAGCUUAAGAAAUUGACGUUGAAGACUUCAUUCUAGUUGGUGAAGUUUCAAUGACUGCUAUGGAGUACAUCGACUAAGACAGAACAUCUAAACGCAACUCAGUCAACACUGUAGAUCGAGAUAAUUUACUCCCCAUUGAUGUGAACGCUGACUGGUACAUAAUAUUGUUUCGUUAAAAGAUCGGGUUGAUUUUUUGUGUCAUAUCUAAAUAUAGAGACUAAAUUAUUGCUCUUUAAAAACACAUUUGUCAGGUUUCUUUAAUAAUGAAAGUCUGAGAUUUGACUUGUGAAACCGUUCAAAUUGUUUCUAUACUUUUUUAAAUCAAGUUUUUAACG